CUACGCACGUUGGCAUCUUCCCUUAGUGCCUCGCAUCGGACGGAGAGACACCAUGGAUCUGUCAUUCAUGGCUGCGCAGAUCCCAGUCAUGACGGGAGCCUUCAUGGACUCCUCGCCCAAUGACGACUACAGUGGCGAGCACUCGCUCUUUAACUCCUCGGCCAGCGUCCACGCCGCUGCCUCUGCCGCCUCAGUACACGGCCAGCAGGAUGAGGCGCAGUCCAUGUCUAGUGAUGCAAUCUGGCUCUGGAUUGCCAUCAUCGCCACAAUCGGAAACAUCGUGGUGGUUGGGGUUGUCUACGCCUGCACUUUCUGAUGAAUAUAUGCUUACAAAGAC